UCAUUACCAACAUAAUGGCGCAAGGAAACAGUUUAACAGGUGCGCUGCGCUUGUGCAUUGAGAACUUCGAGGUACUUCCGCUGAGAACGGGCUGUCAAAAAACAAAAUAAAAUGGCACCUAGUUGAAGUUAAGUAAAGGGUCAUCAUGGCAACCAUAGCAAUGGAGGUGGAUGUAAGACCAAAGAUCUUGAUAGGUAGUAGAGAUCCCAGGCCUGCCUACAAACACCCACAACACACCAACAAGGCAUUUGAGUACUUCAAUAUAAUGAGAAAACAGGAUAUUUUAUGUGAUGUUGUCCUUGUUGCUGAUACAAUUGAAAUCCCAUGCCACAGAGUGGUGCUGUGUGCAUGUAGUCAGUAUUUUUACGCCAUGUUCACUGGAGACCUAGCUGAAGCAAAAUCAGACCGAAUUACUCUGCAAGAAAUAGAUCCCACAGCAUUAGUAUUGUUGAUAGAUUUUGUCUAUUCUUCGGAGAUUCAAGUUACAGAAGAAAAUGUUCAGACGUUACUGCCAGCAGCAAACAUUCUGCAGAUGACAGAGGUGCGAGAUGCCUGCUGCGAAUUUCUGCAAUCUCAGUUGCACCCGUCUAAUGCUCUCGGUAUCAAGGCGUUUGCUGAUCUACAUGCAUGUACAGAACUCUUUAAUUAUGCUAAUACUUACUGUGAACAACAUUUUACAGAGUUAUAUCACUAUGAUGAAUUUUUAUCACUGCCAGUACAGAAUGUGUGUAAACUAAUCUGUAGUGAUAGACUGACGGUCACAUCUGAGGAACAGGUCUUUGAAGCAGUAUUAUCAUGGGUAAACCAUGACAUCAGUAAUCGCCAGGAGCUAGUAUCUCAGUUAAUAGAGAAUGUUCGACUUCCCCUCAUGACACAGGACUAUCUCGUACAGCGUGUUGAGGAGGAACCACUCAUUAAGUCAAACAGUCGAUGUAAAGAUUUUCUAAUAGAAGCCAUGAAAUAUCAUCUACUUAAAGGGGAACAAAAGGCAAUUUUUCAGACACCUAGAACUAUACCUAGAACACCACUUGGUCUACCAAAGGUUAUGCUUGUUAUUGGUGGCCAGGCACCUAAAGCUAUACGCAGUGUUGAAUGUUUUGACUUCAAGGAGGAAAGAUGGUUCCAGCUGGCAGAGAUGCCAUCUAGAAGAUGUAGAUGUGGUGUGGCAUUGAUAAAUGGUUUGGUAUAUGCUGUUGGUGGUUUUAAUGGAUCACUACGAGUGAGGACAGUAGAUAUGUAUGACCCAUUAAAGGAUGUAUGGACGGCAUGUCCCAGUAUGGAGGCAAGGAGGAGUACACUCGGUGUAGCUGUACUUAAUGAUCUCAUUUAUGCUGUUGGAGGAUUUGAUGGUGCUUCAGGUCUGAAUUCAGCCGAGUGUUUUGAUGUCCGAUGUGGGGAAUGGAGAAUGAUAGCUCCAAUGAGUACAAGAAGAAGCAGUGUUGGGGUCGGAGUUUUAAAUGGUUAUGUAUAUGCAGUAGGUGGCUAUGAUGGUUCAUCUAGACAAUGUCUCAGCUCAGUAGAGCGCUAUAACCCCAAUGAUGAUACCUGGUGUGUCGUCGCAGAAAUGUCUUGUAGGCGGAGUGGAGCAGGAGUUGGUGUGGUAGACGGUCUUCUGUAUGCUGUAGGAGGUCAUGACGGUCCACUAGUCAGGAACUCUGUGGAAAUGUAUAACCCAGACUCUAACACCUGGACACAGCUUGGAGACAUGCAUAGUUGCAGGAGAAAUGCAGGUGUGGUUGCAAAUGGUGGAUUCCUGUAUGUUGUUGGAGGGGAUGAUGGAUCAUCGAAUCUCGGAUCAGUGGAGUGCUAUGAUCCUAAAGCUAACACUUGGACGUUACUGACAUCGAGCAUGAUGACAGGGAGAAGUUACGCUGGUGUUACUGUUAUAGAUAGACCUACAUACUAGUGCUAACAUACUUACCUCUCUAGAGUGUUAUGAUUCCUCCAACAGGCUGGACAGGGAUACUGAUAUGUGUGGUGAAAUAUCUGUCUUAGGUUUGUCCAUAUUGGACCCCGGUUUUUGUGAUUUCUUCAACAGGCUGGACAGGAAUACUGACACGUAUGGUUAAAAUACCUGACAAAGACUCGUCUGUAUUAAGAUCCCUGUAACUGCUUGUUGGAUAUUAAGCAUAUUGGAAACUUCAGUCAUCUAGUGUCAAGUAGUGGGAUAAUUUUGCGUGCACAAUGUGGGACUGGUUGUGAUAAAGUUGGGGUUGAAAUUGUACAAGAUGUAUCACUUGUAUAUUAUUGUGGGACUAAUCAUUUACCAUCUAAUAGUACUUCCGCAUUUACAUUGGUUUAAUUCAAGAGGAAUGAAUUUUGUCAAGUUUUCAUGGUUUAGUAAAUGAAACUGUACAUACAAAAGGUCCAAAUUCAACAGCAUCCUGGUGAAAUUAAGAUUCUAGGCUUGUAACAACUACCUUUCAUUGAACAUAUGACAAUCAUUGAUAAACUUGAUUAACAUUUGUUAUGAGAAGAUUUAGCUUUGCUUUCACUGUCAAUUAGAUUUAAGAUAUAAACCUUUAGCCUGCUGGCUGCGAAUAUUUCAGCCUUUGCGACCAGUGCAGACCAAGAUCAGCUUGCACAUCCGUGCAGUCUAAUCAUGGUCUGCACUGUUCGCUAUUCAGUUAGUAAAUUUUCAGUGAACACCCCUUCGAAUAAUAAAUGGUAUUGCCCUAACUGAAUGAUGGAACAGUCCAUUUUAGAAAUUUAGCAGGCUAAGGGUUAAGUAAUAUACAAACAGGUCUACUGUUGCAUGGUAUGAUAGUGCUUUUACUGUAUAGGUAACUGACAACUUGAAGAUAUGAAUUAAUUGUUACAGCAUUCAGUUUGAUGAAUAUGUACAGAAACAUUAAAAUAAGGAUAUAUGACCACUCUCAUAUAGUGCUGGUGUGCCAUUUAACUUUCUAUAUAUUUAUUGUUAGCUGUAGUACAGUUUUGUUAGCCUAGAGCUAUAUUAUGGGAGCUACUCUUAAGACAAAAGUGCUGUCAGUUUGCUUAAGACAAGUAGUUGUUUAAUACAGGUGGCUGCCAAGGCAGGUUCAGCUGUAUAUAUAUAUAUAUAUAUAUAUAUAUAUAUAUAUAUAU